AUGUCUAUCAAACUGAUAAGAUUUCUAUUAUUAUUGGAGACUAUUCAUAUUGCUUAUACAAAUAAAUUAGGAGCAAAUAAAUUAAUUCAAGAUAUUUGUGAUACAUUACAAAAAAAUAACAGUCUACAAGUUGAUGAAGAUCGACAAUGGGAAAUAAUUUGUCAAGAAUUAUUUGACUUAAAAGAUAAUGAGCAGGAUAAUGCUGAACAAUAUAUUUUACAAAACAAAUUAUCAAAAAAAGCUGCAAUUCGUGUUAGUAGUAUUCGUACAGGAAGUCGUACUAGUGUUAGUGGAAGUCGCGGUAGUAGUAGCAGCAGCAGCGGAAGUCGUACACCUUCUAUUACACGAUAUAGCAAUAUUCGAACUGGUACAACACUUUCUCGUCCAACUGGAUGGCUAUGGAGUGGAUCUCGAUUCGUGUUUCUUCCCUUAGCUAGACGAUAUGGUCAUCGAUCUUCAUCAUCAUCAUCUCGAUUCACAACACCAUCAUCUAGUGGCACAGUAAAUUAUUAUUAUUGUACAUCAAAUGAUAAUCCUUCUACAGAGAUUCAAUGUAGUUCAAUAGAUGGUGAUACACAAUGUUGUGAAGAUGACGAAAGUCAACAAGCAUUCUGUUGUGGAGGAAACAUUCCUAAUUAUAUUACACAAGAUAUGAAUCGAGCAACACAAAAAAUAGCAAAAUUUUUGUAUACUCUUACAGCACUUGCUUUAUGUAUGCAUUUAUUUAUGCGACGUUUUAAUCGAUAA